ACGAGGUACGUGGUCAUGUCCGAAGAGAUACUCGAGAAGUAUCCAGAGCUUGCCAUGGAAGGCCUCCCCACGGUAAAGCAAAGACUAGAUAUCUGCAAUGAGGCAGUGACGGAGAUGGCCAUCAAGGCGUCGCAAGAUUGCAUCAAGAAGUGGGGGAGACCCGCGUCAGACAUUACCCACUUGGUCUAUGUCUCGUCUAGUGAAGCACGGCUACCAGGUGGAGACCUUUAUCUCGCAAAGGGUAUCAAGCUCAGUCCAGAAACCCGCCGGGUCUUGCUCUACUUUGUUGGCUGCUCUGGAGGUGUUGCUGGACUUCGGGUUGCAAAGGAUAUAGCGGAAAACAAUCCUGGUAGCCGGAUUUUGCUUGCUACAUCAGAAACUACCAUCAUUGGGUACAAGCCACCGAGCGCUGAGAGGCCAUAUGAUCUCGUUGGGGUUGCAUUAUUUGGCGAUGGUGCCGGAGCAAUGAUAAUUGGGGCUGACCCGGAUUUAAGCAUUGAGAAGCCUCUCUUCGAACUUAAUACGGCCAUUCAACAUUUCUUACCAGAUACUGAAAAAAUUAUAGAUGGGAGGUUGACAGAAGAGGGAAUAAGCUUUAAACUGGCAAGAGAGCUUCCUCAGAUCAUCGAAGAUAACAUCGAGGGGUUCUGCUCGAAGUUGAUGGAACCUAUUGGUUUAUCCAACAAAGACUAUAACAGAAUCUUCUGGGCAGUCCACCCAGGAGGACCAGCAAUCUUGAAUCGACUUGAAAAGAGACUCGACUUGUUGCCCGAUAAAUUAAGGGCAAGUAGGCAAGCUUUAAAGGACUACGGCAAUGCCAGUAGCAAUACCAUUGUGUAUGUCCUUGAUUAUAUGCUGGAAGAGAGCAUGAAGAUGAAAAAGGACGACCAGAGUCAAGAUGCGUUCGGCUUGAUCCUGGCGUUUGGGCCUGGGGUUACAUUCGAAGGUAUUCUUGCGAGGAACCUCACUAUUUGA